AUGGCAAAAAACCUUCAAGUAAGGAAAAAUUUGUUUGACUAUUAUAUCUUCCUAUAUGUAGGAUGCUCCACGCUAUUUUGUAAGACCAUUUUCACAAUCUUCCGGCCCUUUUUAGGCCAGAAACAACCUAAUUUUCGCCAAAAUUCAAGCGCAAAAGGCCAGAAAACCUCGCCAACUUUCGUAUACGAUAAUUCCUGAUGUUUGUGGUGAUUGUGCUAUCUUAUCAUGUCCGGCAGGAGAUCCUGGACCAGCCGGACCACCUGGGUUGGACGGAAUUCCGGGGGAAAUCGGGAAAAAUGGAAAAGCCGGCGAUGACGGGUAUGACGUCAUGAUUGAUGAUUUUGAGGAACAACAUUGCAUUAUCUGUCCCAGUGGACCUCCAGGACAACGGUAUGAGAUUUUUAGCGGUUGAUUUUAUUUUACAGGGUAGAAAUUGUGGAGAAAAUGAUUUUUGAGGGGGAAAUGGGAUUUUUUAACCUUUUUUUGAUCAAAAUGGUUUAGAAAAUUAGGGAUAACUAAUGGAAAAAUCCAGAAUAAACUCCGUAUUUUACAAUUCGACGGUUCUUUGGUAACUUUUCCUGUUCAAUCGGCCUUUUGACGUCUUUUUUCCUAAAUUCCCCAUAAAAAACUGAUUUUUAAGGAGGAAAAAUGGGAUUUUUUGAUUUUUACAUCAAGAAGAUUUAGAAAAUUAAGAAUAAAUAAUUUAAAAAUUUAUUUUAUAUUUCGUAUUUUACAAUUUUACCUUUUUUUUGGCCAUUUUUCCCUUUCAACCCGCCUUUUCACGUCUUUCUCCCUAAAUUCCCCACCGAAAAUACGUUUUUUCUCCAUAAUUCCCGCCUCUUCCUUUUCUCUCUCCAUUCGAAAACAAACCGUCCAGUGCAGCCGGGCGUCGUGGCGGGCGCUUGUAAACCAAGUUUCUGGGUGGCUGAGUUUGCGGGAACGGCCCGAGUCAGGACCAAACGGCCUCUGAUGGGGCGGCUGUAGACCGAGCGUCCGUUUCAAGGGCGGCGUCGACAAGGGACGGUGCCCGCAGGGGCUGCAGUUCCUGGUCGGUUAAAGAGGGAAGCACUGGCCCAGGCCCCACAGGGAGCAAGCUAAAUUCCCCGCGCCGUUACAGUGAGCGGAUGGCGCUCGCGAGGUCCUCCAACUGGGGUUGCCUGGCUGGGACCGCGACUCGAACUUUUGCAGUUUUUGGAACCUUGAUGAGUCCAAAAGAUAGUAAGAAAUUGAUCAUUUUUGAAUUUUACAGGGGUUCAGCGGUCGUCAAUAUGGGUUCAAGAAUCCGUUGAAACCUCUAAAAUCUACUUUUCAGCGGUCUUCAAGGAGAACGAGGGAUGCCCGGCGAACGUGGCCCUGUCGGUCCUCACGGUCCAGACGGCCUUCCAGGCCGCGCCGGCCAUCAAGGAGCUGCAGGACCCCGCGGCUUCUUCGGACCCAAAGGUCGCCCCGGAUUUCGCGGUCCUCCAGGCGAUAAUUCGAUCUCCGGAGUCGGCGUAAAAGGUCCUCGAGGUGAACCAGGCCCACCCGGCCCUAUCGGGCCUCCAGGAAUGCCGGGCCGAGCCAAUUCCGAAGUGGGCGCCCCAGGAUUAACCGGACCGGAUGGGAGUGUCGGAUUGCCCGGAUAUCCCGGGCUUCCUGGACUAGAAGGAGGAUUCGGAGAGACUGGGUAUCCUGGAGUGCCGGCUAGCUAUUGUGCCAGUGAUUGCGGGGUCAGUGAGAUUGUGGCUCCGAUGGUAAUGGGAGAUGUAUCGAUUACCAGUGGAAUCUCGCAUGUGAAUUAUAAAAAUGAGUAUUUUAGAAAGCGAUUUAAGGGGAAAUAA